GCUACGCGUAAGGAGGGCCAUCGACGAUUCAAGUUGAGAGCUCAGUGCGAUAUCGGACGCGCGACCCGCGCGCAGUGCUUAGAAUUUAUGCUUAUGCAUAAGUGCGCGCGACGAAAGUAAAAAGAAUUACGAGGGUGUGCGGGGGGAGUGACAUGUGUCGGCGAGAAGUGAUACGAGUGCGAAAGUGAAAUUUUUUUUUUUUUGUUACCAAUUGGAAAUGAUGACUCUGAUGUCGAAGAUCGAUCACGGCUCCACUUAUCCGCGUUACAACAGCAAUCAACAGCAGCAGCAGCAGCAGUUGCCGGUGAUACCCGUCGUUGCGGCUGCGACCGCUGCAACUGCGUCGUCCUCCGCCACGGCGUCUUAUCCCCAUCAUCAGCAUUACCAGCAAAGCUAUCCAGCCAACAACGCCAGUAUUGCCGCUCAGCAUCAUCAUCAUCAUCAUCAGCAUCAUCAGCAGUAUCAUUAUCAACAUCAUCAUCAUCAUCAACUUCGUAAUCAACAGCAGCACGGGAGCCAAAUGAAUUAUGGCAAAUCCGCCGCAGCGUCGGCUCGACUGCGAUCGACCACCUCGCUGUUGAGUGGGGGCGGCGGCGGCGGUGCCGAAGCCGAUUAUCGUACUCAGGGCGAUUCACCGAGAGCAACAGCAGCGGCAGCGGCAGCAGUGGCUCUGUCCGAGGAUUCGACCAGUCGUGGCAGCAGCGCCGCCGAUCAAUUUGGCUCGCAAACCGACUCGGAGCCCUACGAUUACGAUGAGGACGACGAUAACGACGACGAUAACGACGACGAGGAGGAGGAGGAGGAAGAUGAGGGUCCGGAAGAGGAAGACGAGGGAGAAGAGGAGGCGGAGGACGAAGGCGACCUCGAGGAAGACGACGAGGAAGACGACGCGGAGUCCAACUCGGAGUUACGACGACAUCAACGACAAGGCCAACAACAGCAUCAACAGCAGCAACAACAACAACAGCAACAGCAGCAGCAGCAAAUUCGCAAUCAAGUUGCGGUCGUCCAGAGUACCAAUAAUAAUCAACAGCAGAAUCGUCAUAACAAUCAAAGUAAUCAUCACCACCACCACCAUCAUCAUCAUCAUCAUCGAGACGGUGGCUGUCUGCUUUGGGCUUGCAAAGCCUGCAAAAAGAAGACGGUCACGGUCGACCGAAGAAAGGCGGCUACUCUGCGCGAGCGACGCAGACUUCGCAAAGUCAACGAGGCGUUCGAGGUGCUCAAGCGACGCACGAGCGACAAUCCGAAUCAGCGACUGCCGAAAGUCGAGAUACUGCGUAACGCCAUCGAUUACAUCGAGAAUUUGGAAUCGCUGUUGCAGCAGAGCAGCAGCAGCGGUACUGGUACUGGUGGCAGUGGCAGCAGCUGCAGCGGCGGCGGACUCGUCUGCAGGCUCGCAAGCUCGAAAAAGCGCGGCUUGCAGCAGUGCUCGAGCGGCAACGAGAGCAACAAUGCCGAUUCGACGCAGUACGUGACGGACAGGCUGCGGCAGUUCUCCGAUCCGUUGGCCAGGUUUCAACCUAUCGGCGGAUACGAUCGUGGGGGCAUCGACGGAUCCUCGAGCGGCGAUCAGCCGGGCUCCUCCUCGGGCAGUAGCUUGGAUUGCCUCAAUCAAAUCGUUCAGAGUAUCCGUGGAUCGCCGAGCUCGUCAGCGACAGAUGCCACCAACGCUACCACCGUCAAUACUUCUGCGACGUCAACUGCCGAAGCUGCAGCUGCUGCUGCUGCCGCGUCGUCGUCGUCGUCGACGUCGUUGCAGAGUAAAAAAAAUCCGUACGUCUCGGUGCUGUGAUCGCGACACGAGUUUCCUUUUUAUAUGAAAAAUAUACACACUCGAGGAAGAGGAGAAAAAGUUACGGCGAUCGGAUGUCGAUUUUUAUA